AUGGUGGUAGUGGCCGGCACUCCCAAGGACCAAUUGUGCUCAAACAAGCGGAAUGAGAUUGGUGCCCCACAAACACACAUGCACCCACACUGGAGUACUCUUAAUGGCUCUGUUCUAUUCAAAAAUCUACCCUUUCAGUAUAAACCGGUAGCAUUUGCUGUCUGUACCAAUGUCGAAUACGAUGGUUCGCUUGAUGACGAUUCACCUGUACAUGGAUGUGCUGUGUCCUUUAAAGUCAAGGAUUUCUUGCAUAUUAAAGAGAAAUAUAACAACGAUUGGUGGAUUGGUCGAUUAGUAAAAGAAGGCCAUGAUCUUGGAUUUAUUCCAUCGCCUGUCAAACUGGAAUCACUUCGGCAACAAACUGCAAAAGCUGGAAAAUUUAAACAAUCAACGUCAACAACGAAUCUCGGUGCUUUGGACAAUAUGAUGCCACGUAGCGAAUCCAGAGGGUCAACUCCACCUACGCCAGGUGAAGAUGACGACUACAGUACUAGGAAAAUAACGAAUAUUGUUACGACGCCACCCACUAAAGAGAAAAAGAAGCUGAUAUUCAAAAAGCAAGAGAAUCUGCCGCCAUACGAUGUUGUACCAUCGAUGCGACCGGUUGUCUUAGUUGGUCCAAGCCUAAAAGGCUACGAAGUUACUGAUAUGAUGCAGAAAGCUGUAUUCGAUUAUCUUAAACAUCGAUUCGAGGGCAGAAUAAUCAUCACACGAGUGACGGCUGAUAUAUCGUUGGCGAAGAGAUCACUGCUGAAUAAUCCUAACAAGAGGGCAUUGAUGGAGCGUGCAAAUUCUAGGACCAGCAACAGUCUCGCCGAGAUUCAAACGGAAAUUGAGCGUAUCUUUGAGUUGGCUCGUUCGAUGCAGCUCGUCAUUCUCGACUGUGACACCAUUAAUCACCCAAGUCAAUUGGCCAAAACCAGUCUCGCACCCAUCCAUGUGUAUAUAAAAAUCAGUUCACCGAAGGUCUUACAACGUCUCAUUAAAUCGAGAAACAAGUCACAAUCACGUAAUAUGAAUGUGCAAAUGGUAGCCGCCGAGAAACUGGCACAGUGCCCACCGGAACUGUUCGAUGUACUUUUGGACGAGAAUCAACUAGAAGAUGCAUGUGAGCACCUUGCCGAUUUUUUGGAAGCCUAUUGGCGAGCAACACAUCCACCAGUCCGAAGUCCACCAAGAAUAAAACGAAAUCCGAUGGAAAAUCGAGGUCCCACACAGAUUUUCACUGCUGCUCAAAUGAUGCAGGGAACCGGAAUGGGAGGCGGAGGAAUGAUGGGCAGUGGUGGAGGCGGUGGACCAAUGGGACUUCAGAAACAACCAUCAGCAACACAACUCGGACCUCCUAUGAUGGGUGCACCUCCUCCUGCACCGUAUCUGACCCCACCUGCUCAACCAAUGCCUGGAAGGCAACAACCGGUGCCGUCGAUCAAUAUUCAGUCCGGCCCCAUGCCGAUGUAUCAAUCGUCACCUGCUGGAGGCGGUUCACCGAUGAUGCCACCUGUAGGAAUGGCGCAACGAAGUAUGCCAGGACCUCCUGGAAUGAUGGCUCAACGAGGAGGAUCAAUGGCAGGUGGACCGGGCAGGAUCGGUCCUACCUCCAUGGAUCGACACGGGUUCGAUGAAUACGAUGAUCUAGACAUGGCCCAUAGUUACGAUCGUGGACCUUAUCGGUAUUAG